ACUUGUUUAAAAUGCGAUCUGAUUAUCUCAAUUUUUUUUUACACAGCUUUCAAGAAUUAUAAAAUAAAAUGUGUUCGGGUUUUACCCGGAGAGUAAUACCAUGGGGAAGAAAAAUUGUCUUGUCUCGAACUAUUACAACGAAAAAACAUUUGAAAAUUGAUGCAAGAACAAUUGAUGUUUUCCGUAGACUAAAUAGUUCACAAAGUACUGCUCUUGUGUUUCCUAAAAAAGUACUUAAUCGAUAUCAAUCUACAUUAUCUUCAACUUCAGCUAUUGAAUAUAAACUUACACAUCCUCGUAGAAAACCACCACCCCUACCAAAAAUUGAUAUACCAGCACCUUCGGCUGAGGAAGCUGUCACAAAUAUUUUAUAUAAUACUCCUGCACCAUCACCUUCGCCUCCAAAAAGACAUAUGUUUAAUUGUCUUGUACAAAAUGAACCUGGUGUGCUUAGUAGAGUGAGCGGUAUCUUGGCCGCAAGGGGGUUCAAUAUCGAUUCAUUAGUUGUAGCUAGUACAGAAGCGGCUGAUCUAAGUAGGAUGACAAUUGUUUUACGAGGACGCGAUGAUGUAAUUGAGCAAGCUAGAAGACAAUUAGAAGAUUUGGUUCCGGUAUGGGCUGUUCUUGAUUAUACUAAUACAAUGGUUGUUGAACGGGAAUUGUUAUUGGUUAAGGUAUCAAUUUUGGGACCUGAAUAUUUACAUGAACAAUUAAAAGCUAUUAAAUAUGAAGAGUAUAAUAACGAAUUUAUGCCCGAGGCAGAUUUAAGAGCAGAGAGUCAUGAUUCCGAUUCUAUUUUUAUGGACAAUCAAACAAAGCUUACCCCAUCAUCCUUGCUAAGACAAAAGUUUUCUCAUUUGCGCGCAUUGACUGAUUUAGCAAAACUUUUUGGAGCUCAUGUGGUAGAUGUUGCAAGCGACAACGUUAUAAUGGAAUUGACCGCUAAACCUACCAGACUUGAUGCAUUUAUUAAGUUGGUUAAACCUUUUGGUAUCUUAGAAGCAGCAAGAAGUGGUACGAUGGCACUUCCACGAACUCCACUUCUUGGUCAUGAAGAGAAAGUCGCAGAGGAGGACAGUGGAGAUAAUCUUAUAGAUGCAAGCAUGUUACCUCCUGGUUAAGUUGUAUAAAGAUUAAAGAUAAUAAAUUUAGGGAGUCUUUCUAAUAAAAAAAAGUUAACCUUUUUUUUAAUUUGUAUAUAUUCAAUUUAAGGUAGAUAGGCUUUGUUUCAAAUAUCAAAUGCAUCCAGAUUUUACACAUACUAUAUUUAUUGUUGUUAAUAUAAAUAAAAUAAUUUGCUGGUAUGAUUGUUACAAUAAGAAUUAUUUUUUGUUUGUCAAUUCAAAUUUUACAUUACUGGAAUAAGCCUAAUCCUCCUACUAAUAAUUAAUUAAUUCGUAUAUAUUUACCAAAGGAAUAAUAUAUAUUAGUACAAUAAUUUUUACAAUUACUAAUAUAUAAUAUUCGCCAAAAAAAAAAAAAAA